GGCGGUUUCCAGCGUGGCCCCUCUUCCCUGUCCUCGUCUUCACCCAAUUUUGUCCCCGCUUCCCGUCUCUCCUUCCUCCUCGCCGCGCCGCUCUCCUUAAAUCCGAUCGACAGCUGCGUCCCUUCUCGCUCCCCACUCAUCUCUCUUUGUUGCGCGCCCACCCACCUCCACACGCACUUGCAACUACUAUAAGUAAAGCCCAUCACCACAGUCCACACACGCAGGGAGAUAAGUUCUUGUGAGUGAGCAAAUUGCUAGUGUUCUCCCCUUUUCCUCUUCAAAAAUUGGAUCUUUGGAGGGUUAUUUUCGGAGAGCCGCCGGAUCCUUUCGAGGUCUCGAUUUGAGGUUCUCAGCUCCGGCCAUUGGCCGUUCGAUUUGGGGGCCUAUCAUUGUGUCGGUGCUUGUGCAUCGCUUUUGUGGGUGUCUGAGUGCUGCAGCUUGUUAUUUGGGACUUGCACCACAUCUGGAGAUGUCUUUCCAGAGCAUAUUUCGUGAUUUAAGGGAGAGCUUUGGGAAUAUAUCGAAGCAGAGUUUUGAGGUGAGAAUUCACCACAGAGGGAAGUCUCUUGGAUCUUCAGGUGACCUGCAGGAUAGGCCUGUGGUAAUUCAGAAAAUCAGGUGGGCUAGCCUUCCUCCUGAAUUACUCCGUGAUGUGAUGAAAAGGUUGGAGGAAGAUGAGAGCAGCUGGCCAUCCCGCAAGGAUGUUGUUGCUUGUGCUUCUGUUUGUAAAACCUGGAGGGAGAUGUGUAAGGAUAUAGUGAGAACUCCAGAACUUUGUGCAAAGCUCACAUUUCCAGUAUCUCUUAAACAGCCUGGACCCCGUGAUGGAGUAAUACAAUGUUUCAUAAAAAGGGACAAAUCAAAACUAACGUACCGUCUCUACUUAUGCCUUAGCUCUGCUGUGCAUGAUGAGAAUGGAAAGUUCCUACUGGCAGCCAGAAGGAGCCGGAGGACGACGCACACUGACUAUGUCAUUUCUAUGGAUUCUAAAAAUUUCUCUCGAACAAGUACUGGCUACAUUGGGAAGUUGAGGUCAAAUUUCCUUGGAACUAAAUUUAUCAUUUACGACUCGCAGCCUCCAUACAACGCUGGGAGACUUUGCUUACAGGAACAGGCCAGCCGUCGGUUCUCUUCCAGGAAAGUUUCACCAAAAGUUCCAACCGGUUGCUACCCCAUUGCACAGGUGAACUAUGAGCUGAAUGUGCUUGGCACCCGGGGGCCAAGGCGGAUGCAAUGCACUAUGCAUUCCAUCCCAGCAUCAGCAGUAGAGCCUGAUGGCUAUGUGCCUGGCCAACCAAAAGAGCUCCUCCCGAGGUUAUUCGAGGAUUCCUUCCGCAGCACAGGAACUUCUUUCUCCAAGUAUUCCAUUGCAGAUAGUUCCAUGGACUUGAGCAGUUCUCGUUUCUCGGAGUUUGGCAGAGGGACUCUGCAAGAUGACAAUGAUUCAGACAAGGAGAGUCGUUUGGUUCUCCGCAACAAGGCACCAAGGUGGCACGAGCAGCUACAAUGCUGGUGCCUCAACUUCCGGGGCCGUGUCACUGUGGCUUCAGUUAAGAACUUUCAGCUGAUAGCUUCUGCACCACAGCCAGCUUCCGCAGGGGCUUCUGUGGCUUCACAGCCAGGGCCACGUGCACAGAUGCAGCCCCAGUCCUCUCAGCCCUCCAGUUCGUCGUCGUCGUCCAAUCAUGACACGGUGGUCUUGCAAUUCGGCAAAGUUGGAAAGGAUAUGUUCACUAUGGAUUACCGGUACCCGCUGUCAGCUUUCCAGGCUUUCGCCAUAUGUUUGACCAGCUUUGACACCAAGCUGGCUUGUGAAUAGAUCAGAUCAUUAGAGUAACAACCUGGAGCUGUGGUGAGAGGCUGAGUGUAUGUGAAUAUGUGAUGAGUAGAGUAGUCUCUUCCUGUACCUGUGCAGUUUUUUUUUAUUCAACUCUAGCUUCUUUCCUCCUGUGUGCUUGUGAGGCCUAAAAAUGGAUGGAAUUGGACAUGUUUCCUCCUCCUGUAUGGGAAUGAUUCAGUUCUGUUAGUAUGCUUGAACUAGUUUGCUGGAUGCUAUAC